GGCAUGUUAAGUCUUAGGAAGAAACACAUACAAAACUUGUUAUAUAUAUUCUUGUUCAAUAGUAAUAGUGUGUUCUUCCUAACACUUACUCCUCCUUUUAUUUCUCUUCUUCUUAUUCUUGUAAUUAAGAAAGAAGAAGAAAAAUGGGGAGUGAAAAGGUUGGAAGUUGUGGAAAAUUCAUAGAGAGCUCAAAACCGUAUUUUGCAAUGAUGUCAUUACAAUUUGGAUAUGCUGGCAUGAAUGUUAUUACUAAGCUUUCUCUUAAUCAAGGCAUGAGCCACUAUGUUCUUGUGGUUUAUCGCCAUGCCUUUGCAGCUGCUAGCAUUGCCCCAUUUGCUAACAGGCCAGUGAUUGAUCAAAAUUUUUACUAUGCUGGGUUGAAGCUUACAUCCCCAACCUUUUCAUGUGCAAUGAGCAACAUGCUUCCGGCCAUGACUUUCGUUAUGGCGGUUAUAUGCCGGAUGGAAAAGAUAGACAUGAAGAAAGUGAGAUGCCAAGCUAAGGUAGUGGGAACAUUAGUGACAGUUGCUGGGGCCAUGCUGAUGACAUUAUACAAAGGACCUAUCAUGGAAUUGGUAUGGGCCAAACAUAGAGAAACUCAUCACAACAACACCAAUUCUUCAUCAUCAACAACCUCCAAAGGUUCCUCUGAAAAAGAUUGGUUCUUAGGAUGCACUUUCCUCAUCAUUGCUACCCUUGCCUGGGCUUCCCUCUUUGUUCUACAAGCCAAAGCUAUACAAACGUACAAGAAUCAUCAACUAAGCCUAACAUCACUUAUCUGCUUCAUAGGAACUCUUCAAGCUACUGCAGUUACUUUUGUUAUGGAACACAAUCCUUCUGUUUGGAGAAUUGGCUGGGACAUGAACUUACUUGCUGCAGCAUAUGCUGGGAUUGUGACAUCAAGUAUAUCAUACUAUGUACAAGGGUUGGUAAUUAAGAAGAAGGGACCUGUCUUUGCAACUGCCUUUAGCCCUCUUAUGAUGAUCAUUGUUGCCAUCAUGGGCUCCUUCAUCCUUGCUGAGCAAAUUUAUCUUGGAGGUGUGGUUGGUUCGAUCUUGAUUGUAAUAGGCUUAUACUCUGUUCUAUGGGGAAAGCACAAAGAACAAAUAGAAACCAAAAUGGGACAUCAUGAUGAUAAUGAUAUACAUUUGCCUGUUACAAAAGUUAGUGCUCAAAAUUUUGGAAAUGAAGACUCAAAAAAUGAUGCCACAGUAGAUCAUUGCACCCAAGAAAACUUUGGUCACAAAGAAGAAGUCAACAAGGAGAAGCACUCCUCUUCGGUUGUAAUAGGCAUGACUAACCAAGAGACAAAUUAAUAAAGGCUUAAAAUUAAAGUUAAAAAAAAAUGUUGAGUAGGAAAUGUUAACCCUUUUUUUUAUUUCUCAUCAGCCCAGGAAAAAAUUACCAACAACUUUGUUACCUUGUAGCAAUUUUAGUUUUCCUUAUUAUUGUAUGUAAAAAGGAUGUUACGUUGUUGGUUUUGUUAUUUGUAUCAACAAAUAAUUAUAUGACUCUUGUGAUAUGUAUAAGAGAUUCCAACUAAUCGAUAUGUAUAAGAGAAUCAUGUUUUUAA